UAUUUUGGCGUCAAAGUUUUUAUCUUAAUUGUUUUACCUACUAUUUUUUUGUCAUGACACCUAGGACAAAAUGUAUUUAAAACAACCCACAAAGAAGUGGUUUUGUAGUUUCUGUUGGAUUUGCAUUCAAGAUGAAGCUUUUGGUGGUGGUUAUUUUUCUUAUUCCAAGCUUGGCUACAGCUUUUCGGUUCCAUCAAAGACCAAACAUUUAUGUUUGUCGAAAAAGAGGAAUAAAUUGUAUUAAUGAGAACACAUUUGUUUUUUGUAGAGGAUUUUUCCAACAUAUACUUGUUGACAAAUAUUCUUUUCAGUGCCCAGAAGGUUACUUAUGCUCAAAUAAUUCUAAAUUUACUUGUAUUGAAGAUCCAGACUAUAAAAAUGAUUCAGACGAAAGCGGUGAAAUUAGCACAACUGAAUCUGACGUGGUUGUUACUUUUGUUAGUUCAAAAAAACCGAUAGAUCACAGUACUGAAGAAAAUCAAGAUUCAGAUGAGAGUGGAGAAACAGAACCCGAACCAGUUUCGACAACUGUAGAAACAACAGAAGAUGAUAUCGAUAGUGCAGAAAAAGAAGAUAUAACAUCAUUUAUUCCUGAAUCUACAACAUAUUCACCAGAAUCAUCAGAAGAGAAUGAAACCACUGAUCAAAGUGAAGAAAAUAAUGCAGAUGAAGCUAUUGACGAUAAUGACCAAAAUAUUAACAUUGAGCCUAAGUGUACAUCGGUCGAUGAAACCUUCCCAGGGCCUUCUUGCUCCAAGUACUACAAAUGCCAAAGUAUGUUAAUAUGGACUUUCCCCGUGUUGCAACUUUGCGAAGACGGGAAAAGUUUCGACACUGCAACAUCUAGUUGUGUGCCAUCGUCCGAAAGCGAUUGUACCGAUUAAUUAUUCUAGAAAUCCUUUUAUGGCUGCAAUAAAAGGUUUAAAGUUUUUCGUAGGCGAUCAUUAUUACGUUGUGUGAAUAAAUUGUUUUAAAUUCUA